AUGCCUGCGGCUCAACGAGAAGCAACGGUCUCGAUACCGUUGACUCCGACGAGAUCGGAUUUGUAUUGGCGGAGAAUUUUUAACAAGUACGACAAGGACAACGACGGUCGGAUAUCAUACGUAGAACUCAAAGAGAUAAUCGAGUCCAGGGAAUAUGACCACGAUUUACCGGACAACGUCGUUGACAAGAUCAUGGGCCUCGCGGACAGAGACAACUCCGGCUACCUCGACUUCGCUGAGUUCGUCGAGAUGAUGCACCACCCCGACCUGAAGGCUGUAUUCGGACAUUUUGUGGCGAGAUACAUACACUCGAUCAUUCCACAUCGAAGUCCCGUUGAUACGACUGGUGAGUGGACAGGAUUCAGACCUGUAUCUACAACAGAUGGCGUCCACCACCAUAGAAAAGGUAUAUUCGUAUACACAGACGGUACCUACGAAGAGGAGUACACAUGCUGGCCGCCUGCCAUCUGUAUGAUAUUGAUUUCGAUUAUCGAAAUCGUACUGUUCGUUUAUGAUGCGACCCAAGGGAAGACUGACGCGACGGGGCCAAUCGCGCAGAUAUUUAUAUACAACCCCCAUAAGAGGCAGGAGGCAUGGCGGUUCUUGACCUACAUGUUGGUUCAUGUUGGCGUAGUUCAUCUACUAGUCAAUUUACUGGUGCAAUUGUUCCUGGGCGUACCGCUCGAAAUGGUGCAUCGAUGGUGGCGAGUGGUGCUAGUGUAUUUCGCCGGUGUAGUGGCUGGUUCAAUGGCGACUAGUCUCACUGAACCGAAAGUUUACUUAGCCGGAGCGUCUGGUGGGGUCUACGCCCUUAUCACGGCUCAUAUUGCAACUAUUAUUAUGAAUUGGGCGGAAAUGGAAUUCGCAAUAAUACAACUGCUAGUAUUUCUGCUACUGGCGGCGGUGGACGUUGGAACAGCUGUGUAUGAUCGCUACUGGGGGAGUCUCCAGCAGAAUAUUGGAUAUAUGGCGCACUUGGGUGGCGCUGUUGCCGGGCUACUUGUGGGUAUCGGUGUCCUUCGUAACUUAGAAAAACGUAAAUGGGAGAAGCGGCUAUGGUGGGCGGCAGUCGUUAUCUACUUCUCUCUCAUGAUAGCGGGUAUCUUAGCAAAUAUUUUCUGGAAAUCGCAUUUCCUAUGAUUUAGUUAUGUAUUAAAAUUGGGGGCCAUAUAUUUUAGUCUUCGUUAUAAGAGUAAUUCCUUUGUGUUGUAAAGAAAAUGUUUUUUAAAUAAUUGCAGUCUUUGGAUGGUACGUUAAAAAUAUUCUAACUUAAUCAGUCAGAUAAUUUCAACAAAAGAUGUAUUUUUUAAAGAGAUUUGUUAAGUCUUCUUUUGGGAUUCUGGGAUCAGUACCGAAAACAACAGUAUGAAAAAAUUUGUAUUAUAUAAAAAUGUAUGAAAUUGUUAGAUAUAGUUGUGUGUGUCGGUUGUAUUUAUUUCUAUUGUUACAUUUUAAAUGCAUAAUCGUUUUAAUUGUAUAAUUAAGCCUUCUCUUGAGCCUACAUAUCUAUUUUUGUAUUUUAUUGUAUUUAAAAUAUAAUUCUAAAAAAAUUAAAAAAAAAAAAACAAUUUGCAAAUGUUUAAACGUUCUCUCGAAGAACAGACAGGAGCAUAGUAAGGUAAAUUAUGAUUUUGUAAAAAUUUUGUCCUUGAAUUACUCAACAUGAAUUUAAUAAGUAAUUUUAUUACAAAAAAAAUAUUGUGAUUUGAACAGGGGUGCAGGUUAUUUUUAUGUUUUCUGUUCAGCCUGUACCAUCCCAGUGCUGGGCAUAGGCCUAUUCAUGUAGGAGAAGGGUUGGAAUAUAUCCCUACUAUGAGUAAAGAUAACUAUCAGGU